GUUUCCUUCUUGUCACUUGCUGUCUUUUCCCUUUUAUCAUUUUUCUGUCUUAUUAUUAUUCGCUUGGAGGACCUCUACCGGAUCGAGACCUUCAACCAUCCGCUGCCGACCACAGCGCCAACCGAACUAUUCGGCAUAAUCACAGCGCAAGAGACCUGGGUGACCAUCCUAAUCUCUGGUAUCACUCUUUCAGUGGACACCCUUGCUGGUGUCUCCUUCCUCGUCGGCAGUCUGGCCUUCUGUCUCAUUUCCGAACGCGCCUCCAACGCUAAGCACCUCCAGUUCGUAUCUGGCGCCCGUUUGGGUGCGUGUACUAGUUUGUCUUAA